UUCCUUUCUCUGCCCUUCCCUCUGCCCGGGGCCGCCGUUGUUUUGCUUUUCUCUCAUUAUUAUUAUUAUUAUUAUUAUUAUUAUCUCUCGUCUCAACUCAAGCCGCCGCCGAGUUUCUCGUAUAAAUCAGAAUUAAGAUUCGUCUUUUACUCGUCAACAGCACAGCACAGCACAGCACAAGAGCAGCAGAUUUCUUUUAUCGGGUGAAUCGGAGUUGAUUUCGGGUCAAUUUGUUGGGUCCAUACCUCACCAUUUCAAUAUCCCCUGUUGGAGAGAAUUUGGAGAGAGAGAGAGAGAUGAUACUGGUGGCGGAACUGGCGGAGCUGAUGGAGGAGUACACGGCGGUGCUGGCGAGGUUGCUGGAGCACGUCUUCCGCGACUUCCCUUUCCCCAGGCGGGUCCGCUUCCUCAUCCUCAGCAGCCUCCCCUUUGCCUCCUCUACCCCUCCCCCUCCCUACCUCAUCCCUUCACCUUCACCCCGUGUCCAUUAGAAAAGUUUCCUCUCCCUCCCACGUAUGUAUAUAUUCUGCGGAUGAGCUCUGUUUUCCCACUAAUGAAUUUUUCUUCGUUUCGGUUCUUUCUUGUUAAUUCUCUCAGUUUCUUUUCUUUUUUUUUAAAAGGUUGGUGAGAGUUUCUUGUAAUUCCCAGGAUAAGCAUUUUUGUACAUUGUCGUUCUUCCAUGAAUAAAAGGGAAAAAGAGGGGAAAAAAAGAAGAAAAACUCCUUUGUUCUGCAUUCU